GUUUACAUAACGAACAGAGUUGUCAAUAAUUCUACAUUGCGUGAGUCUUCAAGGUCACUCAACUUUGUCUCCGAGUCGUCGUCGUCAUCAAAGAUCAGCGCCUUGAGAAAGUCCACAAAGCACAGCCGGUGAACACCCAUGACCAUGGAAGCAACCGAACAUCUGGUAGAGUCCAGAUACCUCCACAGCCUGUGGUGGGUGCACAGGUUGUGGUAGAUCACACACUUUGAAUAAAUGAAAGAAAAAACUCUACCUUUGUCAAAGUAGAGAAUGAUAACCUAGACUCUAGAGCGAUGAUCACAACAGUGAGCACGCAAUGGAAUGCGUGCACACCAACCUCGAUGAGCUCAAACGCCCAUCUGAUGUCAUGGUCGCCCAGCUUCCUCAGCCCCAGCUCGAGUUGAACCCCCAGAAUAAGGGAUAACAAACAGGAAAGCUAUGGUGAGUUCAGUCUGUUAAAUGAGGUUGUUGGAAAUCUCAUUAUCCAGGUGUUAUGCUAUUAGUAUGGACAAACCUAGAGAGCUCAGGAGGUUAGGUGUGAGCCAUUAUAAAAGGUUUCCAAAAACUUUUUAUAAGACUUCUCAAUUCCCUGUAUUGCAAGUGGGUAAACUAUUAUAUGUAAUACAUAUCAACUUAGGGAACUAACAGAAGAAAAUGGAGGGGAAAUGGUUGAGCAAACCUGAAGUUAAUGCAUACUGUCCUUAACAUAGAACUACUACUAUAUUUUAUUUUAUUUUGCCUGGCAUUUAAUCAAGCUUGGUUCUCAACCGUGGUUGAUAUAUACCUCCUAUAGCGAGUUCUUAGAUGUUUGGUGAAAAAAAGUGAAGUGACAAUCUGUAGUUUCAGCUUCAUCUUUUAAUGCUAAUAAGUCUGUUUAAAAUUAGUUAUGUGGAACCCUUAUUGAAUUGGGUUGGACCUCACUUGGUGUUUGUGAAUUAUCCAUGUGGGAGUUUAAUAUUUUGUGUUUCACACAGAUGAAUGAGAUGAUUGUAUGAAAAGGUUGUAUAGUUUUAAUGGAAGACAAAUAAUUUAAAAUUAUAGAAGCACUGUUUACUAUAGUUGAGGAGUACUCAUAUUUGAAACCAUUGUGCUUCAGGUUUUCCAUUCUAUUUAGACUGUUUUCUUACUAUAGUAAGUGUUGGAACAACACUUGGAUAUUUACUUAUUUUGGUAGCGUCUUGUAAUGAAAUACACUUAAUAAUUAGCCAAAAUUUCAAAAACAAAACCAACAUUGAUUGGGGUUUCCAAGGAGCUAAGGAAGAAGCAAUUAGUAACGACGCUUGCCGCUUGGCCGCCUGCUGCCCUGCACCCUGCCCCUACUCGCCCUUCUCGAAUAUCAGAAAUUCAGAAUUUCGGCUACCCGCUUCUCAGAAUUUCAGUCUCUCAGUCCCGGCGUCCAGCUCGAACUCUCCAAGGCUUCACGAGUUCAGGCCCGGCCCAUGUGCAUAGGGCCUCCAAUUUUUAUUAACCCAGUAGUAUACCUAGGCCCAUUAGGUAAAAAAUUACUGUAUUUCGAUGAGACGAUUGACGAUUCGAGUGGCUACAGAAAUGUUAAAUUUAAAUGUUAAAUACUAUCAUCUCGUAUACUAUAAUCCGCUGGGAAGAACAUUGCUAGGAGUACCUGAGAUUUCCAGAAUUUCCAAAUUUUCAUCUACUGGAUUUCCUCUUCUUCAAUCUUCUUCAGCCGCCCACUUCUGACUUGCGUGGCUGCCAUAGAGACCUACGAAUUGUGAAGGCGAUUACAACUAGCCAAGGCGGCCGCCGGCCAGAUUCCAGAAGCGAGGUUGUUAGGGCCACAAGGGAUAGGCUGGAUGGCUACCGAUAACUCGGCAAGGACCGCCCCUUGCACCAAGAACCAUACUAUUGAUCUAGAGGAGCAGGCUAUGAGGAAUUCGACUGAUAAACAGAUGCUCUUGUAUGAGGGGAAUCAAGAGAGACCAAGGAUAGCUAUAAAAGAUUAUCUGAGCGAUCAUAUAAAGAAAAAGUACCAAAAGCUAGAGUAUAGUGGGACAGGACGUGUUAAUCGCCUAGACUGGUCGGACGAUGAAAUCAAGACUCUCGAGUUUCUUGAAGUGUCGAGCUAUAGACAUCUCAAUGAAGGGAAUAAAGUUGUUGUUUUAAAGUUGGCAAUGUCUGCACUAACUGAUGCAGUGAGUGCUGCUUCUGUAGGAGCAAUACUAUCAGUAGCUUGGCAAUUGGCUUCAUGUGAAGAUGAAAAAAGGCUUAUUUUCUUUGAUUCAAAGAUGAUGACUUGCACCCCAAAGCCAAUGCAGAAUUUGGAGGCUCGAGUGAUUAGAGAAGCUAAGCUACUGAUCGUAAGCCGUUUGAGAUGCCUCCUCAUCUGACACAUAAGGAUAUCGAAAAGUGCUGUGCAUAUAUGUGCACUGCUUUGCUGAGGUUAGCUGUCAAGGAUGAGGACAAUCUUAUACGAGCAUGGGAUUAUAUCUGUGACCAAUACAGAAACUUUUAUCGAGAUGAAAUUGCAUUUCGAAUUACACCUGAUCGAGAAUGCAUCGCUGGCAUAAGGAAUCUGUUGCAGACAAGAACUCUUCUCCGAAAUACUGUAGGAGUAUUUCUGUUAGCUUUUCAAGAGUUGGAAGGCAAAGACAAAAACCUGUGCAAAAUGUUGUAUGAGGUACAGAUGUGUUAUGUCGGCAUUCAUGCUUAUAGUCUGUUGCUGUAUUGCUCCGCCAGAUUAAAUGCACCCAUCAGUGAGUUUGCCACUUUGCUUGAGCAUCCUAAUACAAGUAAAUCAUUGGAAACUGUGCUUUAUAUACUUACCCAUUAUGAGUUCCCCAGUGAAGAGAGUAAAGAGAUGGCAGAAAAAGCAAAGACUUGGAGGAGUUCUCGCAAUGGUGUCCCACAAGAUUGGCGGAGGAGGAUUUGGAGAUGUAACAAAAAUAAGACCAAUUUCUGGGCUUAUAACUCAACAAAGAAAGUGGUUUGAGUUCGUUGCUGAUAAUGUAAUUGCACAUUGCUACGCUGCUGGAUGGGUUAAGGGGAGAACUAGUAAAGUACUUGUGAAGUCUUAAGAUCAAGUAUUCUUCAUUUUGUAAUUUAUUUAAUCGUAUCAUCUAAUAAUAAGUAAUAAAUAUUCUAUGGGGAAGAUCAAGUACUCAUCUAUUUUAUACUCCGUAAUAACACACACAUUUACUUACGGGAUUGUGCCAUAAUUGAUUAAGAAUAAAAUGGUUCUUAUGUCUUCGCCCUAAAA